GAUUUAUAUCACUGAAUAUGUCUUAUUGAUGGUUAAUAUGUAUGAUCACAGGUAUGAGAUAAAUGAGCGCACGUUUAUCAAUACGCACAGUGAGCUCGAGCUAACUAAACUCAAGCCAAUCCUCACAACCCGGAGCUGUCAGUGUCGACAUCCGGUCGCUAUAUUCAUACACUCGGCGGCAGAAACUAGUGGUGAAUAUUAUGACAAACGGCAGACAUUGAGGCACACGUGGGUCGAAACGGCCAAACAAGAAGGCAUUUGUGUAUACUUUGUAAUGGGAUUGAAUCGCGUGACACGUGUUAACCACCAAUUGGUUACCGAAGCCAAUCAACAUAAAGAUAUUCUUCAGUUUGCAUUCAUUGACCACUACUUUAAUGGCACUCUUAAGACCAUAGCAUUGAUCCGAUGGGCAAACAAAUGGUGCCAAACGUCGCGAUAUAUAUUGAAAGCGGACGACGACUCUGUCAUUAAUGUUAAACUAUUAUUAAAUAAUUUGUUUCAAUUUAAAAAAGGUAUUAGUGGCCACUUACUGGUCAAAGCCGGUGUCAAUCGCGACCCAAAACAUAGACAUUAUCUACCGGUUGAGUACAUGAAAGAAGACUUUUAUCCCAAUUAUACAACCGGUAGCUGUUAUUUGAUGUACGACUGCACCGUUACAUUGGAACAACUGAUUGACAGCUAUACCGGUCCUAUACUAGAUCACGAAGACCUCUUCAUUACUGGUAUUAUAGCGCACACCUAUGAUAUCAACCGAUACCACAAUCAACUGAUCCAUUGGACCGAUCAAUGUUCAGAUGUGUGUCUUUAUUAUGGAUAUCCUGUAGUGUUUGAGUGCUCCGACACCCAAAUCAAUGACUGGUGGAUACAUAUUAAGACAAAAUCAAUCUAUAAUUCAAACAAUACUGAUAUUACAACUAAUAUUCCGAUUAAUAGUACAAAUAAUACAACUGUUGUUACAACCGAUUCAUUGAUAACAACAACUCUCACCGAUAUUGCAAACAACACAACAAUCAAAUGCCAGAAUUCACACGAUUUGUAUUUUUGGUUAUCAAUUGGUGGUAAUGUUGUCUCAUUUUUCUGUAUCAUUUGGAUAUUGUGUUGUUUCCUCUAUUAUAAAUGUCUGUCCAAUAGUAAAGAUGGCAUCAAUACUGAUACCCAAAGUUACAAUACUCACGACAAAAGCAAAACAAAAAAUAGUUAUUAUGGCAGUAAAAGUAGCGAAAUCCGAUCGGAGACCAACUCAUUGGUAAAAGAGAGGGAAAUGAAGGAAAAUGGUCGCAAACUUAAGGUGAAAGUCGGCGGAACUGUUGAUAUUUGA